AUGGGCAUCCAAUUCUAUUUGCACGUCUCUGGAUUAAACGACGGCAGAAAUUUGGAGAAGAUAAGGAGAUCUAUUGUACAUUUAUGUGUGUAUGUUUGUAUGUAUGAGGAAUUAAUUAAAAAUCAAUUCAGGGAGGGCAAUUUAAUAAAAAUGAUAAAACAUUUUCUAUUUGCAAAAUUGUUUCUUUUGACGGUGCUUCUCAUAAAUGUUCGUGAGAAUUAUGCCGCUUAUAAACCUCCAACGGCUACGGUGCAGCCACUUUAUCCGAUGGGACUACGCAUGUCCAUUCCUGAUGAAUACGGAAUUACAUUGGUAGCCUUCCAUAUAAAAUUCAAUGAGGAUUUUGAUGGUUUAGAAGCAGGACAUAUUGCAAAAGAUAUUCUCAAGGUUCGAAAUGGCCGAUGGACUUACCAAGACAAGCACACUCAAUUAAAAAGAGACGAUAUUAUCUAUUAUUGGAUUCACGUUGUAUAUCAAGGCCUAGGGUAUAAUCUAAUUGAUCAAUCAUAUCGAGUUGUCAAUUUGUACAACUCUGACGGCACUCAGUAUAUUGGCGACACGGCUCAAAGUCCACAGAACUGCACGAUAACGUCGAUCACAUGGAUCUCCGAGAAGGGCGAACAACGACAAGUCUGUCCAGGCCAACUCAUCUUUGAAGAUAACUUCGAUAAUCUCGAUACCGCAAAAUGGAAUAUAUGGAAACGUUUUUCUGGUUCACCGAAUCAUGAAUUUGUCAUCUAUAUGACCAAUGAAGUAACGGAUACGAACAAUGGACGGCUACGCAUUAAACCCAUUCUACUUGAUACUAAAUAUGGCAACAACUUUGUAUCGACUGGAAGAAUAAUAAUAGAAGAUUGUACGGGAAAAAUUGGUACGGAUGACUGCCAACGUCAAGCUGCUGGUUCAUACAUAUUGCCUCCUCUAAUCUCCGGAAGAAUUAGUACAGAAGGAAAAUUCGAAUUUCUCUUUGGACGUGUCGAAAUAAGAGCCAAAUUGCCACGUGGCGAUUGGGUAUUUCCCGUAAUAACAUUGCAUAACGCUGAAAAUACAUUGGACAAUACAUUGGGAUCCAGAUUGCAUCGCGAGAUUAGGAUUGCAUCCUCGAUGGGCAACGAAGAAUUAAGGACUCCCAAUGGUGAGAUCAUCAAUAACCGCAUACUGGGAGCAGGUGGAUUGACUGCGUCUUGGAACGAAAGUAAUGUGCAAGAUUUGCCCAAAAGGCGAUCGAGCAGACCCUGGUCCGACGAUUUCCAUAUCUUCGAAAUUGAAUGGAAUAGUGGCCUUAUUGUAACGAAAGUCGAUGGAGUACAGUACGGAGAGCAAACCGUAGACGUAUCAUUUGGCAAACCGUCAUAUCUAACUUUGGGUGUAGCUGUUGGAGGUCUUCACGAAUUUGAGGAUCACGUCGUGAGUAGCGGAUAUACCAAACCUUGGCGAAAUGUUGAAGCAAAGGCAUUGCAUAAUUUCUAUCGCGCGAAAGAAAAGUGGUAUCGUACAUGGGAUACAAGAACAGCACUUGAAGUGGAUUAUGUGAAAGUGUGGGCAUUGUAAAUACUUUCGUUUAUACGAAAACCCGCAUAACACAUAUUUUUAUAAUCUUAGAUACAUUCUAUAUGCGUAUGUUUUUCUUACAAAAUAACACAUUUAUAAGUUGAUCAAUGACAACAUUAUUUGUAACUAUACAUUAUAUACAAAAUAAAUAAUAACGCGCAGA